AUGGCGUAUCCGCAAAAUUCACAUCUCCAAACCACCUUUACCACCCCAGGAUUCAUUAGUCGAAGACGAGAAGUCGUGUAUUCGACAACACUAUUAUACCAGCUGAAAGUUUUAAAGACGACAGGAAGAUACGAUGCAUUUAAAUUAAAAUGGCACGCAUCAUACAACGACGAACCGGAUGUGUGGCCAGUGCCCAACCAUUUAUUCUGGGAUUCAGAUGUUGCGAAAUGGAUAGAGGGAGCGUGUUAUUUCUUACAGUAUAAGGAAAAUCAGGAGAUUGAGAGUGCGGUCAAAGAGUUGGUGGAAAUGAUUAGAUCUGCUCAACAAGAUGAUGGAUAUCUGAAUAUACAUUUUACCGUCGUGGAGCCUGGAAAGAGAUUCACGAAUCUGAGGGAUCUACAUGAAUUAUACAAUGCUGGUCACUUGAUCGAGGCAGCGCUUGCACAUAAUCAAUAUUAUGGGAAUGAUCUCUUACUAGAACCAAUUCUGAAAUAUGUAGAUUUAUUAUCCUUAACGUUUGGACCAGAUCCAGAACAAAAGCACGGGUAUCCUGGACAUCCGGAGAUUGAACUUGCUCUUUUGAGAUUGUAUGAGAAGACUAGAGAUCUAAAGCAUCUGAAGUUAGCAAGAUAUUUCAUCGACGAGAGGGGAAAUCCAAAGGGGCAAGAUGGGCGGCAUUACUAUGAUGUGGAGGCGGAAGUAAGAGGGGAUCGACCAGAUGAAAUGCCAAAAUAUUUUCCCGAAAAACGAAGUUACUGGUAUCAACAAGCACACAAACCAAUCGUUGAGCAAGAAAACAUUGAAGGCCAUGCUGUCCGAGCAAUGUACUUAUUAACAGCCGUCUCUGAUCUUGUACGAGUCGAUAAAUCAGAAGACGCCGAAACAAAAAGAACUGCAGUAGAACGCCUAUGGAACAAUAUGGUGCAAAAGAAAAUGUACCUAACGGGAGGCAUUGGCGCCAUCAAACAAUGGGAAGGUUUCGGAAUCGAUUAUUUUCUCCCUUCCGGUACCGACGAGGGAGGAUGUUAUUCCGAGACUUGCGCAUCUAUAGGCGUUAUGAUGCUCGCCGAAAGACUUUUGCAGCUUGAUUUGGAUGCCAAGUAUGCGGAUAUCAUGGAAUUAUGUUUCUACAACGCCGUCUCCACUGGUAUGUCAGAAGACGGAAGCAAAUUCACAUACGUGAAUCAACUUGCAUCGAGCGAUACAGAUUUAUCCCGACGAGCAGAGUGGUUUACGUGCGCUUGUUGUCCACCCAAUGUUGCCCGACUUCUGGGAUACGUCGGAGGAUAUCUCUGGACUCCCUCUAGCGACGAAAAAAAUAAUACAGUACAAGUAAACGUUCACACGUAUGCUUCCGCAACAUUGAGUAUUUCGGUAGGCGAGCACACGGUGCAGCUUGAACAAACGACAAAUUGGCCAUGGGACGGAAAUAUCCGAUUUGAGCUCCAGAGCCCCGAAGCAAUCUCAACAACCAUCCGAUUGAGAAUACCCGGCUGGGCUAAAGAAUGGACAAUAUCUCCCGAAGAUAAACAACAUGCUUCAAAAGUAACAAAAGGAUACUUAACCCUCUCCCCAGAUUUUGUGCGAACAAACUCCUCUUUCCAACUGAACAUCCCUCUCAAACCGCGAUGUAUAUCACCACAUCCCUACACAAACCAAAACAUCGUAGCCCUAGCUCGCGGUCCUAUAAUCUACUGCGUGGAAGAUUUCGAUAACCCUUGGGUAAAAGAUCACUUCAAGAAUCUCGUUUUGGAUCCCGAGUGUGAGAUAUCAGAAACCGACGUUGAAUCUACUGAACCAUACAAGAAUUUGACGGUCCGCGACGGAGCGACACUGCUUCAAGUUCCAGAACCGUCAGGACCAUAUGUAGCCCACGACGAGGAAACUUUUGUCAAAGCUGAUAUUCAAAAACUUCACUUUAUUCCAUAUGCGCUUCGAGAUAAUAGAGGUGGAAAAGGACAUAUGAGGGUGGGCUUGCGGCGGAAAAGUACACGGGUGUAA